AUGGCGAAGAUCAUGGGCGCCAUUCGGCCUUCACUGCCAGUCCUCCUGGUCUCCAUUGGUCUUCUCAUUAUUGCAUUCCACAUCGCCAUACGCCGAAGCGGGUGCAUGGCCUCCCGGGUCAAGGCAAUUCGCAAGCGUCUCGCCCUCCGAAGACAAGAAAAAAGAGAGCGACGACUCAAGAAAGCCUUGAAUCGCGUGGCCCGGCGCCUUGCCCGCAGGUCUGCGAGGAAGGAGCGUGUUGCUCGAUUCAAGUGCCUGCUUUCCCGUCUAGCCUUCUGGCGCCGGGACGCAUCGGCCGAGCAGCAGGAUGAGGAAAAGGCUCCCUGCUUACGCGAAGAGCCACAGCAGACCAGCUCCAUGGCGGACGAGAUCGCGGAGUUCCGGGCCGCGGUGAGCAUUGUUGACGACAUGGUUUCGGACCAAGAAUCGAAGAGCAGGCAGUCAAAGCCGGCGGCUUCGGAGAGGUCUGGAACGGCUACUAGCUCUGCUUUUGUAGAGUACGUGCUGAAUGAUGAAGACCUGCUUCCUACUUACGAGGCGACGCAGUCUGUGUCGGAUGGAUCGUCCGCCGAUGGUGGAGUGUACACCCCGGGCACGAGCAGCUCCACAGCUAGUGCCGAUGAGGCAUAUGAUGAGAAGCGUUGA